AUGGUUACCAGGCACUAUGAGAAGAAGCGCCUCUAUCUCCAGCACCCUGAGCCCGACUAUGGCAUUGUCCGUCGAAGGGUAACCACCAUCAUCCCCGGGCCUCCACCUCCACCUCCUCCGCCUCCGCCCGUCGUCGCACGGCCGCCGCUGCCGCCUCCACCCAAGCAGGAGCCCAAGCCAGAGCCCAAACCCGAACCCAAGCCGGAAGUGAAGCCUGAGCCUAAGCCUGAGAUCAAGCCCGCUCCCCCUCCUCCACCUCCUCCUGCGCCCGUCCAGAAACCCAAGCCCCCGCCGCCCCCGCCAGAGGAGCCCAUCGAGGUCAUUGCCGUCGACGUUGAGCCUCACAAGAAGAAGAAGAAGCCCAAGUCCCGAUCCCGCAGCCGACACAGCCACCGGUCUCACGACCAUGACCGUGAGCGUAUCAUCGAGCGCGAGAGGAUCGUCCCUAUCCCUGUUCCGGUCCCUGUUGAGCCUCGCUACGACACGUACCGUUAUGUCGAUGGACCCCGGAGGGCUCUGCCCGCUCCUUCACCACCUCGAAGGGUAUCACCCCCAAGGAGGAUGAUAGAGGACGAUCGCACUCGCAUCUUCAUCUCGGACCGAGAGCGUGAAUACUACCGAUGA